CUGGACUCGAGAAUACAUCUAUAAGGGAGCAAGGUGUAUAACAUAAAUGAAAGAAAGAUGAGCCUGUAUCGGUUACCACCCUUGCCAACCAUCAAGGAAAUUAUAAAGCUUUACAGUUUAAAAGCACAAAAGCAACUCUCCCAGAACUUUUUGCUGGACUUGAAACUUACAGAUAAAAUUGUCAGGAAGGCAGGGAAUUUGAAAGGAGCUUAUGUCUGUGAGGUUGGCCCCGGACCGGGUGGAAUUACAAGAUCAAUUCUGAAUAGUGGAGUUGAAGAGCUUCUGGUGGUAGAAAAAGAUACCAGAUUUAUCCCUGGACUUCAGAUGUUAAAUGAUGCAUCUCUUGGGAAACUGCGUAUCGUUCAUGGUGAUAUUCUUACAUACAGAGUUGACAGAUCAUUUCCGAAGCAUUUAAAGAAGCAAUGGGAAGAUGAUCCACCAAAUGUACAUAUUAUUGGUAAUCUCCCUUUUAAUGUCUCAACACAUUUGAUUAUCAAGUGGUUUGAAGCGAUUUCAGAAAGAACUGGGCCAUUUUUUUAUGGCAGAACACAGUUGACAUUGACUUUCCAGCAUGAAGUUGCAGAGAGGAUGAAAGCCUCAGUUGGCAGUAAACAGAGGAGUAGACUGUCUAUCAUGUCUCAGUAUCUUUGUGAUGUAAAGCACUGCUUUUCCAUUCCUGGUCGUGCUUUUGUUCCUAAACCAGAGAUUGAUGUUGCAGUUGUACAUUUUACACCCUUAAUACAGCCAAAAAUCGAACAGCCAUUUAAACUUGUAGAAAAAGUAGUGCAGAGUGUGUUCCAGUACAGAAGGAAGUACUGCCACCAUGGACUGUCAAUAUUAUUUCCAGAAGAGCAGCGUAAAGAACUCACCACCAAAAUUCUGAGGUUAGCUGAUGUAGAAGAAUCAAUGCGACCACCCGAACUGACGAUUAAACAUUUCCGGGAUUUAUGCUUUGCAUACAGAGAACUGUGUGACCAGGACCCCCAACUGUUUGCCUAUAACUUUCGGGAAGAGCUUCGUCAGAAAAAGCUGGGAACUAACCAGGGGAAUAUUGAAGAAGUGGAAAUCAUUGAUGUUGCAGUUGUACAUUUUACACCCUUAAUACAGCCAAAAAUCGAACAGCCAUUUAAACUUGUAGAAAAAGUAGUGCAGAGUGUGUUCCAGUACAGAAGGAAGUACUGCCACCAUGGACUGUCAAUAUUAUUUCCAGAAGAGCAGCGUAAAGAACUCACCACCAAAAUUCUGAGGUUAGCUGAUGUAGAAGAAUCAAUGCGACCACCCGAACUGACGAUUAAACAUUUCCGGGAUUUAUGCUUUGCAUACAGAGAACUGUGUGACCAGGACCCCCAACUGUUUGCCUAUAACUUUCGGGAAGAGCUUCGUCAGAAAAAGCUGGGAACUAACCAGGGGAAUAUUGAAGAAGUGGAAAUCGUAAUAUAA